AUGAUUCUCCUGGUGUAUGUGGAUGACAUUAUUCUUGUAUGCACCUCUGAAUCUCUACUUACUUCUUUUAUUGACUCUUUGAAGUCUGAAUUUUCCAUGAAGGAUCUUGGACCCUUACACUAUUUCUUAGGGAUUGAAGCUACAUUGGAUUAUUCUGCUCAUAAGCUGCUUCUUACACAGAACAAAUAUUCUAUUGAUAUUCUCAGGAAACAUGAUAUGUUGGGUUGUAAACCUUGUAAAACUCCAGUAGGAUCUGGUCCAAGGGUUUCUGCUUAUGAUGGUGAUCCACUCAAAGAUGCUGCCUCUUAUAGAAGCUUAGUGGGUGGACUUCAAUAUUUGACGCUUACUAGACCUGAUAUUAGUUUUGUAGUAAACUAUGUGAGCCAGUUUAUGCAUAGCCCUACAGAUAUUCAUCUUCAGCUUGCUAAAUGUAUUCUCAGAUACAUUAAAAAAGGUUUUCUGGGUCAAGGUAUUACUUUGAGCAGUGGAAAUUGCUCAGAACUUACUGCAUAUUGUGAUAGUGACUGGGCCGGUUGUCUUGAUACCAUAAAAUCCACCUCUGGAUAUUGUGUUUUUGUGGGAGGUAAUUUAGUUUCCUGGUCUUCCAAGAAGCAACACACUAUUUCUCGAUCUUCCACAGAAGUUGAAUACAUAGGCCUUGCAAAUGCAGCAGCUAAAAUUCUCUGGCUUUCCUAUUUGUUUGAAGAAUUAUCUAUCUAUUUAUCUCUUCCCUGUCGUUUAUACUGUGAUAAUCUUGGUGCUAGCAGUUUAACAGCAAAUCCAAUUUUCCAUGCGCGCACUAAACACAUUGAGGUGGAUUAUCACAUGAUCAGAGAGUUACUACUGGUUUUCUGA